AUGAAGGUUCAGAUGCUGGCGUAUGAGGUGUUGGUCCAGCUGUCAGUCACCCUGAAGAUCAGUGGUGGGUGGAGCUUAUAUCCCCGGGUGACCGCCUGUGGUUGGUCAGGUUCAUCUCUGCCUCCUUGUAACCCCACCCACUGGGCCCCUGCAAGGCCUUAUGGGUACCAAGCUCUGAUUUCUCCACAGUCUCCGGGGGGAAGCAGGAGCAUCAGUGAUACACUGCCGCGCGCGCUCCGCUGCAGGAGGCUGAACGUCAAUCACACAGGUAACCUAGGGAACCGCUGGGUCCGCCUCCCCCCCCUCCCAGCCAACGCUGAUUGGUCGGCUGACGGACAGCCAGAAGUCCUCGCAGAUUCACAGAUGCCACGACUUCCUCUACACAGCUGCAGUCAGCCUCUCAAGAGUGCUCACUCGAGGAUGGACCGGGAAUUGAUCUGCGGAGAAUGUAACAUGGUGUUUCGCUCCGCUGGGCUGCUUGAGAAACACAAAGCACUGUUCUGCAUCGGGAGCGAGGUAAGACACCUUCGGGUACAAAGACAGAGCUCUGAGCAUCCCCUAAGAGACAGACCUGGAUGUGUGGACCCUAAACAGACAAGAACCCCUGAUCUCAUCCAGCUGAGAGGUCAACGGAGGAACAUCACCAGGCGGACGCAUGUUGACACCAAACCAGCGCCAGAGCAGAGAGCAGAGGACAAACCAGCAACCAGUCAGACAGAGAGUGCUGCUAUGCAACAUCUCACACAGGAGUCAAGUGGGCGUCAGCUGGGUCACAGUGAAAGACUGAAGGAGAUGAGGGAAAUGGCGAUGAACCACGAGCGCCAGCUGACCCUGAUACAUGCUCACAACCAGCAGCUGGAGCAGCAGAGAGACGAGCUGGCCCAUCAGGUGAGAGUCCUGUCUGAGCAGAGCAACACAACUCACCUGGAGAGUCUGCUGAUGGAGCUCAGAGAGCAGGAGGAAAGAAACGAGGACACGCUGCAACAACUCGCUGAACAUCUCCGUGCAUCACAUGUGCGAGAGGUCUCUGUACCCGCCGAUCAGCCAGACCCACGCAAGAAUAAUCAUGACAGCUACGAGCUCAUUUCUUCUGCGGAUGGCCCUCUCUCUACCCAGAUAAAAGCCCUGUGGCAGGUAUACAUGCAGUCAGGUGGGUCAGAUCCAGCCAUUGUGGCACAAAUGAUUGACCUGCAGGCAGAAGCCCAAAGUCUGGAGAAAAACCAACCAGCGACAGCCGGCAGGGACAAAAAGAAGAGGGUGAAGCCUCGUCAGCGGGGUGUGAGCUGGGAGCUGCUGGCUGUGGAGCAGGAGAACCAGAGACUGGAGGAGGAGAUCCUCAGGAUCCAGCUAAUCAGAGAGCGACACCAUAACUAUGACGCAGUGAGGACUGAGCUUGAGCAGAUUCAGAAGGAGAACCUUGUGCAGUUAGCCAGUUUACAGGCAGAGAUGGAGAGAAGCAAAGAAGCUCCCAGGCCCAGGAGACAGCCUCCUCCAACUCCCCUCCAACCCAAGAUUCAUGCACCUCUUUCACUGCUCCAGGCCGGAUCCUUCUCCUCUCCACUGGGAAGAUACAUGUUCCGGGACUCAUUGGGUCCAGCCCCCUACGACCCUGCUGCUGGUUUCGUGGUUUUCUACGACCUGGUGCUGGGAGCUGAUGUCUCCCAGAGGGCACUGCGCCUGGUGGCAGCACUCUACUCAGAGGGGGAGGAGGUGGGACCACCAACUCCACUGCCCCCAGUCCAGUGCCUGCCGGGACCGUCCCUACCUUAUGCCCACACCCCUGGAAACUACGCCCUCCUGUCGGUCAGACAGCCUGUACCUAGGAUCCAGCCAUCAACCUCCCUCUCUCUAGUGGUGGAGGUGCAGGCAGCAAGAGAUCUGGAUGUUGAUGGCCAGGAGGUUUUCAAACUGGCAUCCUGCGGCUGGACACGAAUGGAACUCUUUGACCGAUACAACCAGCUCCGUAGUGGCCACUGGAGGGUACCAGUGCGCAGUCUGCCUAUCAGACCCUCCUUAAGCCUUGCUCAGCUCAACUCAGUACACCAGGUGGGCCACUUGGAGCUGUGUGUACGGUUGGUCAACGGACAAGAUGGAGAUGUUCAGACUCUGGCAAAGCCUGACCCGACAAGCACCAGUCACUAUAAAUACCCAGCUGCGGCGUCCGCACAUCCUGCCAGAGUCCACGGAGAUGCAGCUCUGCCAGUUUCAGCUCCACAGCCCACGGGACUGGAUGAACUCUCCUCUCUUGUCUCUCACUGA